ACAAAAUUACACACAAAAUUAUUUGUUCUUAUCUUGUUAUUGAACAUUUCAGUUGUAGUAGCCUUUCAAUAUCGCUUUGACAAUAUUAGUUCUGGCAAAAAUGUCGCAACCGAUAUGGAAUUGGCAAACGAAAGCGAAUCGUUUACGUAGAAUUCUUGAACAAAAUGCUCUGGAAUGUACUUUCGACGUUGGCCCGAGCUCGGCUUCAGAUUGGGUUCCAGUUCGUACGAUGACUGAUAUCAAUGUUUCAGCCGAAUCACAAUGGUCGUCGCCGACAAAUAUAUCGGAGAGUUUGGUGAAUUUCAUAAAUUACAGCGAUUUUAAAGAGGAGAUUGGCGAAAUGUGCCGAGUGUCACAGGAGAGUUCAGAUGCAAUAAAAGCCGUUGUCAUCCAUGAAAAUAAGCCAACGAACCGACUCACAGUGAACAGUCUGCGCGAUGCAUCAAAUAGAGUUUAUGAGCCCGAUUUUGCUGCGUCUAAUAAUAGAAGUGCUACUGAAUUCAGUAGCGACAUUGAUUCAUACGCGAGUUUUGAGGUUGUCAAUUGUAUUCCAGCGCUGGAAUUAGCCAAAUCAAAUAUUGUCACUCUCAUUGACGAUCACAUCGCAUUGCUUCGAGAUAAAGCCCAGUCGAUACAAAUGCAACACGAUGAACGAAUCAAACAAAUGAAAUUAUUGAACGUGCGAAAAGCUGUUGAACGACGACACUAUAUUCAACGGAUACGUGAUGAAUUCGCCACAACAAUGAAUCGUUUUAAUCAAUUACUUGAUGACCUAGAAAAAAUUUGAUAAAUUUUAAAAGAAAAACAAUUUUUUUAUUCAUUCAUUUG